AUGGGCUUACGACACGUAAAUCAUUUUCAGACUUCAGACGUGUCGAGAAUAGCGAUGGCGCUGAAGGCUCAAUUAAGUCCUUCGAUCUCUGACUUUAUGUUUCUUAGGAUUUCCUCGGAACUUACCAUUCUGUGCUUUUCCUUGUUAAAUCCAUACCCCUGCUUAAGAAAAGAUCCCAUAUGCCCGCACUUCAACCGCAGCAUAAUGGAGCAGGUGUGUUACCAGAGCACUCUGCGACAUAACGCUCACCGUGUUCACCGCCGCCAAUUCGCAUGGGUAACGUAUUCUAUCAGUGCGGGUUUCGUCAUUUUCGGUGGGUUUUGGGCUUCUGUGCUUCUGGCUGGCAGCGCUAUGGUGAUCGGGAUGAAACAAUCAUUGAAGAAGCCUUUCAGUCCUUAUUCUCCUAGAACAGAGCAAACGAUGCAACUCGCUAGUUUAGUUGUGGAGCGGCAACAAUCCGUGGUACUGACGCAGACAUUUUCAUCCUAUGCAGAAUUCCCCGAGGGUUUCCCGAAACAUAAAGAUGUUGUGCCAACGCGGAUUUCUCAAGAUGCUAGAAGACAGGACGUAGGGUUGCAUGCCACCUCCGAAUAUCAACAGUCUAUACGAAAGCGAUGUCACACAGCUCGGUGCGAGUCAAGGGAGCGCAUUCCACCCUUAUCCCUUGCUAUGCCACCAUACAAGUUUUCUUUCCAUUUCCCCUCAACAUUCCAGCCAUUGCUUCGACAACUGCAAAAUAUCCCAGAAGUUCUUAGGUUUAUAUCACCAAAUCCCUCUGUUUAUGUUGCUAUCGUCACUUAUUACGAGUGUACCUCGCCGUUCUCUUUCGUUCGCAUUGUUAUCAGAACACCAAAGCAUACUAGUACCCAUGUACCUUCAUUUCAAACAGCCGUUCUGAUCAAGCCGUCCCCGGAAAUUCAGCAGCAUUCAAGCGCAUUGCAAAAAAUACGAUCAAAAUACCCAAUACCUUGUCACCCGAAGAGGGAAAAAGGAGAGAAGACAAUGGCGUCGAUUGGAAUACGCACCACCGCCUCAGGCCAAUUGAGCAGCACAGCCCUGGCUGCGGUCCUAACAGGUGUGGGAGUUGUCAUCUUAGGGCUCCUCAUCAGCCUCGUGUUUCUCCUCUGUCGAGCAGUGCGAACACACAACCGAUAUUUGAAGGAUCUGGAAGAGCGAGGAGUCGCCAUCGCGCAGUCACAGGCACGGCAGUCGAAAACUGCGCCAAUCGCCAAACCGCGCAGAGUACUCAGGCGCAGUGCAAUCCUGCCAUUCAACUCAAAGAACGGAUGGGGCACAUUGUCCUCCGUUAAGACUAUCAAAACUGCGAAGUUGCAAUCAAUUUCGCCGCAUUCUGCGCCUCCGAAACCUGUUGGAUUUGUGGACAAGCCGAGCUGCCUCUCGUGGCCAUUCUCGACGCGCCGAUCGUCAGGAAGGGCUAUUCAUUUGAAAAAGAUAAAGGUUCCGACCCUCCCAACUGUGAUAGAGGGCCCAAAACUAUCAACUCUCGUUCCUAGACUAAGCGAUUCUUUGGGGUGCCAGCCGUUUUCACCAAAGAGGACUCGAAGUCACCGAUCUUCGGGCCAAUCAUUACAGAAACGACAUCCUGCUUUUCGUAGCGAUUGGCAAGAUGAAAAUCACGACGAUGUUACAGCAACACAACCCGAGCCUCGAUGCAGAAGCUUGGCCACGAAGCCGAUAACAAAAACUGAAACCCGGUUACUACCGAAUGGAUCCGGGUUAGUUGCAGAGAUUCCUGUAAGCCUGACGAAGAGCGUACAAUGUCGCGUUGAGGAUUCAAAACUACAUACAAGGUCUGCUAGUGUAUGUAGCCAAAGAUCCGGAAAUGACCCAGAAGCGCCGAUGCCUCCUCUUCCAUUGCAUGUUACGCGCCCCAAGAGUGGGAGUCAACAACGAAGCCUCCUCAGUAAAACCCCAUCCCAGCUUUCAGUCUAUGGUCUUGAGUCAGCUGGUAGUUCUAUUCUAGCCACUCAGUCAAGCCCAAUUCUGCCACAUUACAACAACAUUCAAGUCCAGAAAUGUUCCAGGAGGAACUGGAGGAAUUCCCUCACUAUUGGACCCAGACCCUUUGGAGGUAUGCUCACGCUUCAUGAGAGGAACAAGCGGUCUCAGGGCUCGAUCAACAGUAACACGGCUCGAUACAGUGUUGACACUCCCUCGGCCAAGCAAAAGUCUCAGACAGAAAAUCGACGCUCUACUAUGAACAACAACUCCUCAGGCGUCCAGUCUAUCAGAAAGGUCGAGAUGGAUGAACGCGUUCUACUAAGCAAGGUUGUUUCACCUACUUAUUGUCCACUCAGUGUUCAAUAUCUAAAUACCCCUCGACAACAGUCAAGAUCCCAGGUUGCCGCUUCGGGGUCCCCCCAAGAACGCUCAAAGCGAACGUCGAUUCUGCGGGGCAUAUCCAGGAUGGAUCAUACUCCAACGCGCCAACUUUCGCAGGAUUCUACACAAGUAUCUUCGACAAGGAGCAGCAACGGAAAUCCAUUCCAGUGGGACUCUACAACCUUUUCAUGGGGGAAGCCACCGACUUUGAAAGGAAGUCCUGCUGCUCGUAGUGCCCACCAGCGGCAAAACUGCGUCAGGAUCUCCCUUGUGCCUAUAAUUUUAAGGCCUCCUUCUGGCACAUCGAGCCCUUGCCCCUCAGUCCUAAAUAACGACCAGGAAGAUUUGCCACAUCCAUCUGUAGAGAAGAAGACCGGUCUUUAUCUCAACUUCUCGAAUGCACGAUCUCUCCCAAGGCCCCCAAGUUCGCCCAUGUUUGCAUCAGAUGUGAAUAUCACUGCGACAACCACCUGCGCUUCACUGACGCCGAACCCGCCUAUGCUUUCUAUGGCAAACGACGAUCAUAGACCCACCGAGCCACCUAUGGUCAGUGACUCUCUCUGGGACCUCCAAAACUCAUCUCCGCGAACACUUAAUCGUAUGAGCAGUUGGUCUUUGUUGAGUAUUCCAAAGUUUCCUCGCCCAUGCUGUAAUCUGCCUGCUAUGGGCCGGAAUAUGUCACCACCACCAACUUUUGCGCUAUCUCAAUCAUCCAAUGAAUACGACGACGAAUUGAAGACUCCAGACUCUCAAGCCGCUCCCUCAUCCCCACUCGAUGACCUCCCAUUGUUUUCUUCAUCACCUCAGCGACCACUCCUCGUCGAUCAGUACAACCCUGAGUACCCUUAUUUGGUAUAUCAUACCCCUACCAGCAGUCCAACACUUGGACAGUUUCCUUCUCCCUUUUCAACCUUUCCAGAGGAAUCUUCUGCAACGUCUGCCCGGACCAUGAACUAUGAGCGCUUAUCAGACCCGCCUCCUUGUUCGCCAGAGAUGAUGCGGCCUCAUGCAUUUCUCCCUCUUCCACAGGAUCAAUUACUUCGAUAUUCUUCAAUACAGAAUACGGCUUGCCCAUCGAUUCUGAGCAAAGACACGUUCAGUACUCUCAAUAGUAGCUCUGAAGGGAACUACUCACCAUGUCACCCCGAAAAUAAGCCAAUCCCGAACAAUUCCACCUCUGCACAGGAAAUGUCUGAGCCCUUCAUUGAAGCUGCUUUCACAUCUAGCCCACCAUCCCAACAGCCAGGAGACAGCAGGCCGUCACAGGAGAGAGUGAGGUCACCGACUCAAUCUGGCCUCGCGCAACAGCCAUUAACUGCACAGUCCUUCCCAAGCUCCACCUACUUCUCUGUACAAUCUUCUCCACAACCCACGCGUCCAUUCCCACCUCGUUCUCCCUAUCCCUGUUACGCUCAACUUCCUGCCCCCACACUCAAUUUCCGUGAUAUGCCCUCUCUCCCUCCGUCAGCUUCCGGACGGAGACGAAGCUCGCCAAGACCGCUUCAAAGUUCAAUUCAGAGGCUACGACACAUGAACCUAGAGGCUGAAAAGGGAGGACAAGGUGAGAGAAGGUAUCUAAGGUGGGACCAAGAAGAACGCAUCCCGCUUCCUGGAGAUGGAAGCUGGCUCAAAGAGGCUGAAAUUGCAUACGAAAACGAGGAGGCAUUGGGUGAAGAAAAAGAGCGAAGGCCUACAGGCGGAGUGCUAGAUUCGUGGGAGCAAGAAUCCACAAUACUCGAGAUCGUCGAAGACGAUACUCUCGCUACUUCAACCUCCACCGGAGCGGAGACAGUGGAACUAAGGAAGAAACCCAACAAGUCAAACGCAGGAGCUUCAAGCAUUCAUCUGACUUCACCACAGGAGGAUGAAGAGAACAGAAACAGAAGCUCCAAUGUCUGGGACAACGACGAAAACUUUUGGCAUUCGAUACCUCCACACCUGAUUCAUCCUCCAAGCUUGCCGAAUAAACCUAAAAACAACUUCCAGUCAGUCGCUUCAUCUCCCAACCACACCGCUACUGCUGCCAAUCCAUCAAUGCCAAAUUCAUCUCGCAAACGCGAGUUCGAGGUCGCAAAGGACGAUUCACCCGCCACUCUCUCUAUCUCCAGCAAACUAGACAAGCUGCGUGGUGAUAGGAAAUUGGCAGGUGGUCAGUAUCGGAAAAGAUAUGCGCUCGGGCUUGGAACGCCUAAUGUGAGGAUACAGGUGGUGUCGCCAAGUGGGAGUGUGGAUGGGACGCCGGGGAGUCUGUAUGAUGCUGAUGGGUUUUUAAAAGCUUGA